CUACCUCCAUAAAAGGGAGCGCCGUGCGCCUGCUCCUAGCCCGGACUCGCCUCUGCAGGCUCGUGACUGGCUGCUGCCUGUCCACACUUACCCACCCCUGCCAUGGCGAAGGAAGCGUCAGCUCCACCGUCCACCCUGAAAGGCGGGCGCCCUCCAGCAGUCAAAUCUGGAGGUAGGAGAGUUUCCAAAAAGCAAGAAAAUGGAGCUGUUGAGAAAAAUUCCAAGAACCCUGGAAAAGAGAAGACCAGCUCAAUUGUUAGUGUUACAAAAAUGCAAAAUAUGGGUAUCUUACUAGCUGAUGCACUGGAGAAAAUCAGCCUCAAAUUUCCUGCAGCAGCAGCACAGAUGGCCUAUCAAAAGCCACGACCAGCCCUGGAGAAGAGUAUAUGGUCCAAAAGAAUUUACAUUAUCCAACAACCUCGGAAAUGUUAAGCUAUAAAGCAAAAUAGUCAUGUCUGCUUGACAGUGAGCUAGUCUAACCACAAUCUGCUAUUAAAUCCUGUUUGCAAAAGGACAAAAACAUAGGGAAAUAGUUUGCUGGCUGAACUGUAUUGUAUUUUUCUUUCAUUUCUGGCAAUAAAACACUUCAUAAGUAUACUAA